UCUUCUUCUUCCCAUUACGUUAGAAUGUUUCUUUGUUUGUUUCUUCCUUAAGAUUUGGUUCAAAGUAUGUAGAAAAAGAUCAUCUUACUCUUUACAACAAAGUUUUGCCACAAAGCAAAGCAUUAAUAUAUGCUACAACAUGCUUUCUGAAAACACAUCAACUGAAACUCUCUUACUAAUAGUUUUGUUUUCUAACGUGGGACUCGUGAAAACUUGUUUCUUGUGUGUGUUAUUUAAUCCAAGUUUAACAGGAGUGUUGAAAACUCAGAAGGGGUUUUGGGAGUGUUGAAACUUGUUUCCGUUGAUUGUGCAAGAACAAAUACGAGUUCUGAAAUGGGGUGCUUUCCGUCAACUUCAAAUGAUUCUGCUGGAAAUAGAAGAAAGCCGAGAAAUGUUGGGGAGAUUGAAGUGUUUGUUCCAGGGUUUAGGAUUCCGAAACCUGUUGACUUUUCUGAACAGAUUGGUGAUGGGUUAUCCAGGAGCUUGGUUGAACAUUUAUCAGCUCUUAGAACAAGGAUAGUUGUCAUGGCAGGCCAAGAAGCGCCCAUGUGUGUAAAACCAAGAAGAAAAGCCACUCAGCAUGGAGGAUCUACAUUGGCUGAUCUUCAGCAAGCUCUUGAAGAUUACCUGCCAGUCGUAUUGGGGCUAGUUGAAAAAGGAAACCAGCAACACAAUAAGUUGCAAUUCUCUUGGGCAAAUCAGGAGGAUGCUGCAGAGGAAACAACAAUGUCAAAUUCUUGGUAUGAGGUAUUAUCAGUUUUGCACUUGAUGAGCAUGCUAUUAUUAUCACAGGCCAACUCUUUGCUUCUUCAUAAAGCUUCUACCGAUGGUUAUCAGCUAAAAUCAUCGGAAGAUUGCAGGCGAGACUCUAUUGAUGUAUUCUUAAAGGCAGCUGGAUAUUUAGAUUUUGCUGUGCAUCAUGUUCUCCCUCAAAUUCCGCCUGAACUCAGGAAAGAUUUACCUCAGGACCUGGCAGAGGGAGUGCUUCGAGCCUUUUGUCUGCAAGCACUAGGCCAGGGUGUUGAUAUUCAACUUGGAAUGGCAAUUGAUAGUGUCAAAGCCACAUUGGCAGUAAAACGAAGGUUUGCAUGCGAGCUGGUAAAAUACUGGAAUCAGGCUGGAGAAAACAUAGUAGACCUUCCACUAGCAAAUGGAUGGGGAGAAAAGCAUAAACUUUUCAUUGAAUGGAAAUAUGCUGAAGCCAAGGCUGCUGCAUACUAUCUUCAUGGUCUAAUCCUUGAAGAGGGACAAACAGAAGAAAGUAAUGAGAUGGGUGAGGCAGCUCUUCUGGCAGCUGAUGAGUUUCUGAAAGAAAGUAAGAAGGCCUGUGAGUGCUUCCAUAUGGCACCUCCUUUUUCGCGAAAUCCACCUCUUUGGGGGACUAGCAAGUACCUCUGUGACAGGAUUCCAAAAGAUAUUCCAAGCAGAGUGCUAAAAAAUGGUCACCUGCACAAUCAUGAAAUGAUUCUGCAGACAGCUCCCGCAUUGCCGGACUUUGAAUUGUCUUUAAAACCUGAAGAUUACCAGCUGCCUUCAGUGGAUCCCUCAUGGAAUGACAUUUGAAUUGAAGACCUGGGAAACUUAGAAUGCAUAGAUGUACCAAAUGACAGAAACCUCUUUGAGUCCAAGCUCCUCUAUAUGACCCACACUGACUGCUCGUAGCAUGAUCCUUGCUUAUUCUAUAGUUUAUUACCAUUUCUCAUUGUCGUUUAGCUUUAAUGGAUGCAUUUUAGUUACCUUUCAGCUAAAAAUAUAGGAACUGUAUAUCCUUCCGUCAUCUUCAAGUUAAAUAAACGAAAACUGUUGUAAAAUUCUAACAAAUUGAGUGCUUUGUUCAUAAGUAGAUACUUGUAAACAAUGCAAUAAAGUAAACCAAGAUAAAUCAACCAUUUCAACUAAUACAAACA